AUGGGCACCGCAAGCCCUCCCGGCAAGUCAAGGACAUUUCAAAGGUUAUGCGUGCGCGUCGCGCUGCCUCUUGCGUUGGCCCGGCGCAUGGGCGUGACCGAAGCACUAGAGCAACAAAGAUUCCGCGCGUACAACCGGACGACCCUGCUGGCGGGCGUGGCCGAAGCUGCGUCCGCGAGUGGCGACGACGUCAAGAGAUUCUGGCCGUUCGCGUUGCGCCACUUCGUGACGCCCGUCGCGGGCUACUACCUGUGCGAUCGCUACGUCGGCGAUGAGGUCGAGCGGUACGGAUUGCCGCCGCCCGUCGGCGCGCGCCUCGAGCUCAUGGCCGCCGCGGCUGCGGCCGUCGCUCCCUUCGCGUCCGUCUACGUGCAGGCGCGGUACGUCGAAGCCUUCGCAGCGAGCGUGGUUCCCCACCUCCGCGCGCCCAUCGUCCUCGUCACGGGCUCGGAGGAGCUGCCCCAGGUCGAGGCGUCGAAUUGGACCGAGGCACUGCUUGAGGACCGGAGGAUCGCGUUCUGGUUCUCGCAGAACCCUGUCUACUCCGGGCGUGCCCGCUACGGCGGGUUCCCCUACGGCGUGCGCACGGAGACGGUCCUCGGGUUCGCAAAGGCGCUGGUACGCUCGGGGGACGGGCCCCGGAGGCCCGGUCUCCAGCUGACGUACACGUCGCGGCAUCGCAUGAACGGUUGGAUGCGAGCGGGCCUGCCCAACGGCCCGCGGCUCCCGGUGCACGCCUUCUACGACCUGCUGGCGACGGCUUCAUUCGUGCUCUCGCCCUGCGGCGACCGCUGCGACACGUACCGUACGUACGAGGCGAUUGGCCUCGGCGCCGUGCCGGUUGUAAACGCGCCGGAAGCCCUCUACAGCCCGGGCCUGCUCGCGGGCAGCGCCGUCUUUUUCGAUUCGGCGCACCCCGAGCGCGCGGAGGCGAUGCGCCGCGGCGGCACUCUCCCACCGUACGCGGAGCCGGACCGCGGCCUCGUCCAGCUCGACGCCUGGCGCGAGCGCAUCGCCGCCGCGGCCGCGGCCGCGCGGGCGGGCGCCGCCGUCCCGGCGCCGGCGCCAGCCGCCGCCGCGCCGGCACCGCCCCGCCGCGUGCCGUACAAGGCGGAGCUCGGCUGGUGGCACUUCGAGCACCCGAGGCGCCGGCUCGGGGGUACGGGAUCGUGCUACCCGGCGUGCUGGGGCCUUGGGAACGAGGUCGUCUACCAGUGCAAGUUCGGACGCAUCGGCUGCCAGAACCCGCGCAACUGGCCCAGCAUCGACGAGUACGCGGCGGGCUGGCGGCUCCUGGCGCCGUUUAUGAAGCGUUUCCUCGCAUCGCAGAAUGCGACGGCCGACGCCACGUACGCGCGGACCGCGGUCGUCCACUUCCGGUGCAGCGACGUGCCGUUUUCGCGGCACGACGAGUACUUCCUACUCCCGCGGCGGUACUUCGACCGUGUGCGCGCAUGGCUUGGGGCUCGACGAAGCGACUGGGACUCGGUCGUCAUCUUGAGCUGCCCCGAGCUGCCGGCGGCGGGCGCGCCCGCGUCGCCGCUCGCGGCCGCGCGAUGCGGCGACUUCGUCGACGUGAUCGCAGGGUGGCUCGGUGGCGCGGCGACGAUCUGCGAGCGCGAUUCGGCGGUCGCGCUCGGCGCCAUGCUCGGUGCCGCGGCCCUCGUGUCGACGGGCGGGUCCUUCUCGUUCGCCGCGGGCGUUGCGCGCGGCGACGGCGCGUUUUUCGCUCCCUCGCUCGCCGGCGUCGGAGACUUCCCAGAGGCCGCGCGCCUCGCGGCCGCGGUGCCCUGGGCCUCGACGGGCACCCACGAUCGCCUCGGCCACGGCUGCGUGGACGACUACGCGACGUUUGACUACGCGGCAGCGCCCGCCGACGGCUGCGCGUCGGCGAGCGACCGGGGCUGGAUGCCAUCGCGCAAGUACCGCUGUGCGCUGACGGAGGAGGCACGCGUGGUCGCGCGUCAGGGAUCGGCCCCGGCCCCGGCCCCGGCGGCCACUCCGGCCGCGCCCGCGCCGCCCCCCGGGUCGCGCGUCGUCGCGACUGGCGCGUCCAAGAGCCACGCGUGGCACCUCGCCGAGUUCGCGAAGCAGUUCCACUCGCUGCGGAGCGGCGUCCACCUCGUCGUCUACGACCUGGGUCUCGGGCCCACGGCCGGUGGCGCGCGGCGCGCGGUCGAGGCGGGGGGCGGCGAGUUCCGGACCAUGCCCUGGGACGCGCUGCCGGCGUGGAUGGCGGUCGAGGGCGGCCCGCGCUACGCGGGCGAGUACGCCUUCAAGCCCUGGAUCGUGGCGCGCCUCCUCGACGAGUUCGAGAGCGUGCUGUGGCUCGACGCCGGGAACCGCGUCGGCGACGCCGCCGCGCUCGACGCCGUCUUUGCCAACAUCACGGCGCGCGGGCUCUGGACGACGUCGUCGGGCCCGUCGCUGGCGCGCUGGGUGCACCCCGGCAUGGCGGCGCGCCUCGGUGCAUCGGCGUUCGUCCGCGACCGCGGCGACGCCCUCAUGUGCAACGGCGCCUUCGUGGGCUUUUCGCGCGCGUCGCCGACGUACGAGCAGGUUUUUAGGCCGUGGUUCGCUUGCUCCAUGGACCUCGGCUGCCUCGCGCCGCCUGGCGCGGACCGCGCGAACCAUAGGCAGGACCAGUCGGCCCUCUCGGUCCUCGCCUACCAGCACGGCCUCGGUGACCUCUGCAACCGUACCGCCACGCCGCUCGUUGGCAAACGCCAGCCCAUCUGGGGGCACUUCUUCGACAAAGAAUUUGACCGCUGGCCCCCGGCAAAAAAGGCCGCCUACCUCGAUCGCUCUGCAAAGGACCCGUACUGCGCCAGGUUCGGCUGCCGGCGGCGUCGGUAA